UUUGGCUAUGCGGUUGGAAAUCCGAGCACAAAAAUGAGAAAUUUUUAGCAUUUUUGAACUUUUUUCGUGAAUUUCGUGAUAAAAUAAGGGUGGUAAGAGCAAAUUAGCAUCUUUUGCAUCUCCCGCCGGUGUUCUCUUUGCAAAAGUGGCUCGGAAAGUGUAAAAAACCGCAUUCUCCAUCUAAAACUCCAGCGAAAUGUCCACUCCGAUAAAAUUCCCGGGCACGGGGCUGGAGGAGGUGAACGUGCCGGGACAGGCUUUCUUGCGGGACGCGUUGUCCUGCUGUGACGAUCCGUUGAAGGCGAUCGAAAACUUCCAGCUGGAAAACGGCAUUCUGCUGCCCUCCUUGCGUCCGAUGCUGCCCCUGCUGGACCUGCACGGGGUGAGACGGCUCGAUUUCCACACGUCCGUACUGGAGGAGUUGCGGGACAAGCUGCUGGCUCACAUCAACGAGCUCGGUGCCAAAGAGGGCCGGGAACGAGACCGGAAGCUGAAGGAGCUGCUGGUGAAGAGUUUCCCGGUGGUGCGGGUGAAGCAGUUGCGACCGGUGGUGAUGUGCAUUCUGCGCAACACGCCGCACAUCGAUGAUAAAUAUCUGCGGAUCUUGGUGCGUGACCGGGAGUUGUACCAGGACACGGACACGGAGGUGAAGCGCCAGAUCUGGCGCGACAAUCAGUCCUUGUUCGGUGACGAGGUGUCUCCGCUGCUCUCGCAGUACAUCCGGGAGAAGGAACACAUCCUGUUCGAUCAUCUGAACCUGACGAACCUGUUCUUCACGCCGACACCGAAGGUACGCCGACAGGGCGAGGUGGUGCAGAAGUUGGCUCACAUGAUCGGCAACAGCGUGAAGCUGUACGAUAUGGUGCUGCAGUUCCUGCGGACCCUGUUCUUGCGAACGCGCAACGUGCACUACUGUACCCUCCGUGCGGAGCUGCUGAUGGCGCUGCACGAUCUCGAGGUGCAGGACAUCAUAUCGGUGGACCCGUGUCACAAGUUCACCUGGUGCUUGGAUGCCUGCAUCCGUGAGAAGAACGUGGACAUCAAACGAUCGCGCGAGCUGCAAGGUUUUCUGGACAAUAUUAAGCGAGGCCAGGAGCAGGUGCUGGGUGAUCUCUCGAUGACGCUGUGUGAUCCGUAUGCGAUCAAUUUCUUGGCCACAUCGGCCAUCAAAAUUCUACAGCAUCUGAUCAACAACGAAGGUCUGUCGCGCGAGAACACGAUCCUGAUCUUGCUGUUGCGCAUGCUGGCACUAGGGCUUUCUGCUUGGAUCAUGAUCGAUUCACAGGAUUUCAAGGAACCGAAGCUGGACAGUCAGGUGGUGACCAAGUUUUUGCCCGCUCUCAUGUCCCUCAUGGUAGACGAUCAGGUGCGCAACCUGCACUCGAAGCUUCCACCCGAUGAGCGCGAGAGUGCCAUCACUACGAUCGAACACUCGGGACCAGCACCCGAUGCGGUCGAAGCGUACAUCCAGGAGAGCGCGGUAGCUUCGAUUCUCGCCAUGUACUACACGUUACACACGGCGAGGCAGAAAGACCGGGUCGGAAUACUGCGUGUGAUGGCAAUUUUGUCCUCUUGCAAAGACGAUCGAGCGUAUGAGGAUCCGUUCUUGCACUCGCUGAUUGCCCUGAUUAUACCGAUGUCCGAGGAGUUCGCCAACGAGGACUUCUGUACCGGUUUGUUUGACGAGUUUCUGUUCGCUGGCCUUACAAGAGACAACGUGACACGCCAUAUGCUGAAGCUGCUGUGGUAUAUUCACCAAAAGCUACCCAACGCUCGGUUGAUGACGCUCAUGAAAGCGCUACAACCGACCGCUUCGCAUCACGAGAGCGUGCACAAGCUGUACGAGAAUCUGCAGAAGCGCGUCGGUUCCCUGCAACCCGAACCGACGCCUGAACCGAUGGAAACGGACUUUGAUUCUCCGCUGAAGAGCGUUCCAACUCCGGGACCACACUACGUGAGCUAAUUCGCAAACUGUCUUAAUUUAAGAAUAUACUUGAGAGAAAGAGGCACAGGGUUCUAGAUGAUUAGAAACGCUUCCCGCUAGAUGAAGCGUUGCUUCGAAAACCUCUUCAACCUAGCGACCGUUCGAAUGUGAAUGUGAAUUUGAACCCUUUUUAAACGGAAAUAAAUAACCACGUAAGUCUGC